AUGGGAGCAACAAGAGCUAAGGAGGCUUGGGACAUUCUCCAAGAAGAAUUUCAAGGAGAUAAAAAGGUAAGAGCCAUCAAACUCCAAAUUCUUAGAAGAGAUUUUGAAAAUAUGAGAAUGAAAGAAAAUGAAAGUGUGAAAGAUUAUUCCACUAGAUUUUUGGAGUUGGUAAAUCAAAUGAAAGCUUAUGGUGAAAAUAUGAUUGAUCGUAGAAUUGUGGAAAAAAUAUUGAUAAGCUUGCAUGAAAAAUUUGAUCCUAUGGUGGGUGUAAUUGAAGAAACAAAAGACCUCUUUAGUUUAGGUGUCCAAGAGUUGUUGGGUUCAUUGAAAUCUCAUGAGCAAAGAGAGCAUUAUGUCAUGAACAAGGUGAAGGGGACUCAACUAGAGGAGGUAGAAGUUUUAGAGCAAGAGGAAGAGGAAGAAGUCCAAGAGGAAGAGGUAGAGGAUUGUAGAUUCUUGAAGAACAAUCAACAAGCUAAUUUCACUGAGGAGAAAGAAAGUGAAGGGAACUUGUUCUAUGCUUGUCAACAUGUUUCCAAGAAGAAAAAUGAUGCAUGGUUCUUAAGUAGUGGUUGUAGCAAUCACAUGAUACCGGAGAAGGAAAUUUUCCUUCACAUAGACACUUCAUUCCAUUCUAAAGUGAAGAUGGAAAAUGGUGCUUUGGUAGAUGUUAAAGGGAAAGGCAAUGUUGGAGUUGAAACCAAGAGAGGGCUGAAGAAAAUUCGUGAAGUUUUAUUUGUUCUGGAGCUUGAUCAAAACUUGCUUAGCAUUAGACAACUUAUGGAGCAUGAUUAUGUUCUUCAUUUUGAAGGCCGUACUUGUACAGUUUAUGAUGAAGGAAGAGAAAAAUUGGUUGUGGUUGAAGUUAAAAUGGCUCCAAAUAGAAGUUUUCCACUCACUUUCAAAUAUGCCAAAGACAUGGCUUUAAAAGCUAGUGUAAUUGAUGAAUCAUGGUUGUGGCAUAAAAGAUUUGGUCAUCUGAAUUUUCAUAGUCUCAAGCUACUACAUUAG